CAUUCGAGGCAUGCAACUUUCGAGACCAUUGGAUGCCAUGACUAUUAAGGUGUUCCUAGGCGUUGUUCGCCCCGCUGUUGCAACCAAGCUAGGUUGGUCACAAUUCUUGCCGUUUGUCUUGCACGCGGACGUCCUAUAUUUACGACGUCUUCUUCGAGUUAUUCAAGACGAAGGCAAACAACACUUGAUACCUAAGAAAAUCGACCGCGACGGCGCUGGAAACUGACAGCUCGCUGCAGUUACUGAUAGGGAUGACAGGGCGGAAACGACGACUUUAUCAACAUCAGCGCUCGGGCGACAGGAAAAGACUAACAGAUCUCCACAAAUACGAGACCGAGAGCGUCAGGGGCAAUCGCAAGCUCAGGCGUUUCGGUUACGAAACCAAAAUAGCAGAAAUCGGAUUCUUGCCAAGGUUACAAGAUUCACCAGAGCCCAUCAAUACACUGAAGGCAUACAAACCUAAAAACGCGUGGACGGAAAAGAGAGCUUUGUUUGGUCAGAACGACUAUAUCGAUAUUCUUGGCGAACCGGGCAAAGCACGGCCCACUGACAACAUGCAGGGUGUACCUCCAUGGCUUCGCGGAUUCCAAGGCAACGAAUACCAAAUGCUUCUAUUGAAACGCCAACAGUUCGCUCACUGGAAGACUAGCAGACUCCAUUAUCAUCUAUCUCUCAACCAGCCUACGCUCAUUACACUCGUCAUCGUUCGGCCUGCCGUCUCCGUUGCCUUUCACAAGUAACUUUUGAUUAGAUAUAAAUAUAUACUAUUAAUUAGGUCAUGUCUUGAACAGACGAAAAUAAUGUAGGCUUUGUUUUAUCCGUUCUUUUUUUUAGGUCCAUAAUUAUACAGGGAAGUAACACGAAUUGAUAAAAACUGCCGCCAAUAUUAGAAUAAUGUUGGGUAAAUCCGGUUGAAUUAUUGAGGGCCAUGGGUAGGGUAGAUUGUCCGGCAUAGGCGGUUAUAUGUAGUCUUAGUAAUGUGUAAAUGUGCAGGCGCUUUUUGCUAUUUGUGUUGCCAUUUAGAAGAGGAGCUAUAUGUGUAUAAAAGCAGAGAACGCUGUAGCGUCUGCUUCUUGAUGCUGUCAAACGAAAUAAAUUUUUCAUAGUUUUCAUUAUUUUUCGUUAUCAGUAUCCCUUUUAUGCUUAUUAAUUGUCACACUUCAUUUCUUAGUUGUUUGUAUUUUUUCCUACAAUGUUUUUCCCGUUUCCUAUAGAUUUCCAAGCCGAUAAUAUUAUAAUCGUAAUCAAUAUAACGACUUCGUAACGUUUGACCUCGUCUAAGAUUCCUCUAUACCCUUCGCAGUUCAGUAUAUCACUAUUUUCGUCCUCUCUAGCUCAGUUUCUCUCUUCCUCUUCAGCAUGACAGAAUAUCAUGUAGCAACACCCACUCCGACGCAUACAGAAUCAUCCAUUACUAUCACCUACGUGAAACUUCCAAUUCAUCAUGUCAACUCAAUACAUUACAUAUAAUAGCUAUUCGGAGAAACCAUAACUUAGAUUUGUAUUUGUGUGAAUUUGUAAAUAUAUAUAUAUAUAUAUAUAUGAUUUAUUAUUUCGGUAUAUAGCAACUUCAAUUAGUCGUAUCAUAUAGUUAUUAGAUACAAUUUUCGUUUUAAUUAAACAUCACAGGAAACACAAAAUAAUUUUCGCUGUGUAUAAGAACAUGACAACAGCAAAUAUAAGUUUUUGUAUUAAUCAUAAUAAAGUCACAACUGUCCAUAUGUUCAUAUUAGAUUCAAGUUAGGUAUAUCAAACGAUAAACUCAUCUAAAGUGCCAAUCCUAAUUCUAUAUGGAUACAAUCACAAAUUCAAUUUCUUAGAUUUUGCAAUUCAUGUAGGAAUAAAGUAACUGAUACGGAAGAAGACACAAAUGAAAUUUGUUUUAUUAGUAAAUUGCUGGUGUGACUAUACAUAUAUUCGGAUUUUCUCAACAUUAUGCUCAUUACUGUACCUUAUAUUACCAUCACACGUGCUAGUCCAUUAUCUACGAAUGUCAAGCAAUUUCAGCGAUCCAUCUGCUAAAAUUCACACCUUAUAGUUGUGCUUUUCAACAUUUAGUUGACACACUCACUCAUCCUGUCAUUUUAAUCUCGUCCAUAUUACGCUAUUGCUGUAUUUAUUUAAUCACUAUUAGUUCAAACGAGCGUAUGAUGCGCAACCUAUAUAAUAAAGUCAAGUAACAACUUCAGUUUGCUAUCCAAAAACAUGAGAACGUAAACAGAUAAAAAAUUGGCAGGAUAAAAAUUCGAAUGUAUUCUACCUCUAAUAUGGUCGUAAAUCAAGUGCCUUUGUCGACCUGCAUAGGCAGACUGACUAGUAGCCGCAUUUUAAUCAUGUGACAAGAUCAGAAAAUCUAAACAUGUGUUUGACUUUGUCGGUUCGAGAGAUAGUCGAUACGCCAAUUAUGGUCAGCCUCCAUUCUAGUUGCAGCUGCCACCAAGCUCAUUAGCCAGAUGCUGCAUUCAAACGAAUCUAUUGAUACAAACAAAGUGUUACACUGAUGUAACAAAAUCAUCGGACGAAUCUUGGAAGUACGGUACACAAAAAAGACACACACUGAAUAUGUUUACGAGAACACAAAUUCAUUCACAGACUUACACAGCUGCUUACUCACUGAUAAAUGUUCCUCUUAGUAUAUUAUAUACAUAUGCCAGUUUCUCGUUACCAUCCGUUCCGUAAGAACGACCGAGACAACGUAUAUUUUGUUCUACCUACAUUUUGUUCUCUCAUGACCUGUUUUUUCUUUUUUAUUGAGUUUUGAUUUUCCUUUUUAGAGAUGCAUUCACUAUUGUCAUUGGCAAUGAAAUAAGUGAAUUCCGUUCUUAUAUAUAUCGCUCUGGGCUUUCUCCCUGGGUUCUCUACCCGCUUGUUUGUCUAAUGUCAAAAGUAUCGCGAGUUUGAAGAAACCUUCUUGAACGCUCCUAUGCACAUACAAUUUUGCUAACAAAUGAGCUCCUUUAGAGAAUUCCAGAGUAAUUCUUUGCCACCAGGAACAAUGUUUUAUUAGGAACCAAAGAAUAUAUUUUAUGCUUACUUGGCAUUUACGUUCUGUUGAAAAACAUGGCAUACUUACCUGAACGCGGGCCCGACUUCCAGUCGGAAUGGUUAGUAAAUACAUUAAGCCUUUGUGGAAUCAUGAGAAUACGAUUUCAGUUCGGGUCGCUGCUAAUCACUAAAAUAACGCUUAAUGUGCUUUAUGUACUGGACUUUAAAAAAUGUGCAUAAAACAAUACACAUAGUAAUAAUGGUAGUAUGAUUUAAGGAAAAUUUCGCUUUCGACAUUAAUUACCAUAUUUACUCUAUUGCUACCAGUCAAUUUUACUAUUUUCAAGUAGAAAUGGGUUUACAAGAAACGUCGGUAGGUUUAAUUUUAAAUCAAAUAAACCUUUUUAUAUGGAUUUAGUAUAAUGUGAGGGGAAGUAUGAUGCCCAUUUGCAUUCAGCGCAGGAGUUCUUGGGUCAGAUGGGUUAAACUGUAAACGCUGGUACAAUGUGAAAUUCUUCUCUCGAAAAAAUUACGCAAUGAGAACUGUAUAUUGUUUGAAAGCAGCAUAAAGAGGCAUUACAGAACUCAGCGUAUUAGGGAAUACAGAAGACAAGAAGCGAAUAUGUGCGUUUCAGAUAGGUCGUACGCUACAGAAAUUUAUAAAGACGUCUGAAUGUAGUAUUUCUGAAGAGGCCACUUUAUUGAAAAAAAAAGCCAAACUAUCCUCAAAAAGUUUUAAAAUGGAAACUCGAGUUGGUAACAGAGAAUGUAAUCCAAUAUAAAUUAUGAUUUCCAUCUUGAAUACAAACACAAAACCGAUAUAACGAAAAAAUGUGUCACUGUAAAAAGUUUAUGUAGAAUAUUAUUGUUCCCGUUAUCACAUGCGUGCACGCAAAAGAUGUUGUAUACUAAUACCUAUCGAUCAUUUUAUAGAAUAAAUUUAGCAAAAUAACAAGUAAACUACAACUGACGGAAUACAAAGGUUGCCAAUUGUAUUGCCCACAGCAGUCCAGUUUUCCUAAGCAGAAAUCAUUUGCAAAAGCCAAAUAUGUGUUUCUGACAGUUUUCUUUCAGCGUUUGUUUUUGUUAUUGUUGAAAUCUCUAUAUAGACUUAGUUUUCUCCUUGUUAGCAUGUAUUCGUGCAGUUAUUCAGGUAAUGGCAUACAUCGAAUGCUAGCAUCAAGACGCGCCCCAAAUUAUACAGCAAAGUUACCCAGUCACUCACUUUAUAUACGAAACUACGGCAUUCGCUCAUACAUAAUACAUACUGACAUAUAUUAUAUUAUAUGCAACAAUAAUACAAUUGUUGCGAUAAAUUAAUCGCUUACGUUAUAGCUUCCUAUUGGCGUUUAUUGUUAACAAAAGGGUUCUCAAAUACUGCUGCAGUAUGUAGGAUCGAUGGUGAAAACGAAAACAGAAGAAAGGGCUUGCAUCGUACACCGCUAAAAUCAUAGGCAAAAAAAAACAUUGAAAAUAGCGGGCCGACUCAAGAAGCUGCUGGUUUAGUGCUCGUUUAGUUUGUGUCAAUAUUGGCACCAUUUUUUCUUCUUUUCUUUCCCGUUUGCCAACUAUGUGAGACACAUCUAAUUAAGCACAAGGCGGAUCAUUACACAUUUACCAUAUGAAUAUAUUAUUCGUGUAUUCGACAUCAAAGAUCUGCAUUCUUUAUGCAGUACAUAUAUAGGUAACGCAUAUUAAUAUAAUCUGAUGUAUGUGUAUCUAUGUAUACCCUCUGAGUAUAUUUAUAUAUUAUAUAUACUCAGCUUGUUUUCAUUGCCUGUUUCGUUUAAUCCCAAUUUUUUAAGGUGUCCACUACUUUUGGUCAUAACUAAUCUCUUCUCUAUUCUUAAAUAUAACUAUGUAUUCUUUCUUACGAUGAAUAUUAACUUUCAGCUUCUCAAUUGUUUUGUUUUAUUAGUAAUAUCUUGGCUAUUUCAACUACCGAGUAAUUUUUAGCUAAUUAGCCAAUCCGAUUCUAAAGCACCUU